AUAGCUGCAAUCCCACUCAUCAGUAUUAAUUGAAAGAUAAGUAAAUAUUUUUUGUGAAAGAAAAAUCGAUGCUUGAUGGCAAAUCAACUCUAUCUCUAUGCGUAUAGCCCUACCUACGGAGGAGCUUCACCGCCUUCCGCCGCCGCGGCCACCACAAGCACUGCCAGUACCCUUUCUUCCAGCCGAUAUCUUUCUACCGAUAUGUAUUUUCCUCAACGCAAAGACUCCAUUAUUCGAUACUCUUCUUACGCCGCUUCCGAUGCCGACAUUGCUCCACCUGGUGUUUCUACCAGACUCUCCAGCGCUGCCUCCGGACAAACAGCUUCAACCGCUACUCAGUUGCUAUCUCAAGCUUCUUGGCCUGCUGCUAUUGCUGCAGCUGCUGCAGCAAAUGCUGGGUCGGCUGCAUUGGACUCGAUUGUUAACCUGAAACGCUCUUCUGAUGCGCUCUACCAUCCAACUGUUUUGCAAACCCAUAACACGAUUGGGCAAAGUGAAGCUUGGUAUUCUACAAAUUCAUUAACAAAGCGCCCUAGAUACGAGAGUACAAGCAAUUUGCCUAUAUAUCCUCAGAGGCCAGGAGAGAAGGAUUGUGCACACUAUAUGCUCACAAGAACCUGUAAAUUUGGAGAUGCCUGCAUAUUUGACCAUCCUAUUUGGGUUCCUGAAGGUGGAAUCCCAGAUUGGAAAGAGGUUCCAAGUGUUGUUACAAGUGAGACUCUUCCUGAAAGACCAGGAGAACUGGAUUGUCCAUACUUUCUUAAAACUAAGAGAUGCAAGUUUGGUUCAAGGUGCAAGUUUAACCAUCCCAUGCAUUUGUUUGAAAAUGCUGAUGUUUCCACCUUACCUGAGAGGCCUUCAGAGCCCCCAUGCGCGUUCUACAUGAAAACUGGAACAUGUAAGUUUGGUAUUACCUGUAAAUUUCAUCACCCAAGAGACAUACAGAUUCAGCUAUCUGAAGAACAGAAUGGUGCUGCUGGGCAGACCUACUUGACCCCUAAUAUAAAAGGGGCUUCAGGAGAUACACAAUUAUCUAAUCUUUUUAGUUCGUACACUGCUCCUGUAUUGCAUAAUAGCAAAGGGCUUCCUGUAAGACUGGGUGAAGUAGAUUGUCCAUUCUACAUGAAGACUGGCAGUUGCAAAUACGGUGCUACAUGCCGCUACAAUCAUCCUGAUAGGAAUGUAAUUAACCCACCUGCUGCUGGGUUAGGCCAUUCUGUUUUGACAUCAUCAGCUGCUAAUCUUAACUUUGGAAUAGUAAAUCCAGCUGCAUCAAUUUAUCAAGCUAUUGACCCCAGAUUGUCAAGUGCUGCGUCCCAGGUGGGAAUAGCACCAACCGUCUAUCCUCAACGACCAGGACAGAUUGAGUGUGAUUACUACAUGAAGACUGGAGAGUGUAAAUUUGGAGAAAGAUGCAAGUUCCAUCACCCAAUUGAUCGCUCAGCACCAUCACAAUCAAAUUCAGCUGCACAACAAUCUAUUAAACUCACUCUUGCGGGAUUACCGAGGAGAGAGGGUGUUGUAAUCUGUCCAUAUUAUUUGAAAACUGGCACCUGCAAGUUUGGUGCAACCUGCAAGUUUGACCACCCUCCUCCUGGGGAGGUUAUGGAGAUGGCGAAGACGCAAGGAGCAAAUGAAACCGAUGGAGAGGAAGCAGAAGCUGAUGAAACACAGGGUGAUUCUGUUCAGGAAAAGAAGUGAGAUCUUGCAGGAACCAUAUAAAGUCAUUGAUCGGUCCUUUAGUUUUAGCCAUGGCUAGUAAUGUCUAAAUUGCUUGGUUUUAGAUAAUCACCUGUUCUUGACUCUUUAACCCGUAGUUGACUUGCACAAUGCAGUCUACUCGGAUAAUGUACUCUUGAUGUUCUGUAACUAUUUUGCAAGUGACAGGUCAGAGUAGAAGACUAACAUCAACGAUUGUGGUUCAUGUAGUAGAAAGAAUGUUUUGAUGUAAUUUACUUUCUACUGUGAUCAUUUUGUCUUCUAA